AUGCUGUCACAUGCCGUAUAUUCAGAAGGUGAAUGUGAAGCAGUUUUAAAUGAGUUCACGUCACUAAUCGAUGAGAAUUCGGAUUCAGUGGAACCUUUUUCUGAACUGAUAUCGGGCUAUUUCUUCGUUCUGCACAGGAUGACCACUGAUAACGUCAAACUGUUCUUCCGUGCAGUAUUCCGCCUCUAUGACAAUAGACCCUCAUUGGUCAUGCAAAAGAAUAAUUUGAAUGCCAUGAUUCCUUUGCUACUGCAUUCGGCAGACAAUGUGCAGCCGAUUUUCGGAGUUUUGGCAUCACUCAUUAAGCUGGAGGCAGAAUUAUUGCUGGAAUGGGACUGUUUUGAACCGCUCUUGCAACUCUCACUGUUUUCAAUCAAGGCUAGGAUAGCUGUUGGGAGUUUGGCAAAUCCUAGAAAUCUUGCUCGUUGGUGUCGUUUAUCUGUGUUGCAUAGGUCUUCCACAAGAGAGGAAGAGGCAGCGAUAGGAUUGCAAGAGGCAUGGCUGAGUGAUUAUACAAGCGAGAAGACACGAAGAGAUCGCUGGUCGCUCGUACUUUAUGCCUUAGUUGUUCAAUGUGUUCUGCGACGAGCAACCUUCUUCAACUGUGGACAAGAUUAUGCUAGAUCAGUUGUGGACCAAGAAGUUCUUGCUCAUGUUCGAAUGCCAGAGUGA